AUGUUUACUACAGUUGGUUUUAAUCUUUUACUUGUCUUUACUGCUGUUAAUUCAAUCAUGAUACCUUUCAUUAACAAUGCUACUUUAAUUUCAAUAUCAAAUACAAGUACUGUAAUCAUUGCCAACAAAACCUGCAAAGAAUGUUUAUGUCUAUCUUUUCCGUAUGCUGCUCUUAAUUGCCUUUCAAAUAAUACAUGUCAAUUUUUCAAUACUUUUCCACUUGUUUACAAAAUUCAGUUGACAUUACAAGCUCAUCUUUAUUUUCUUCAAGGAGUUUUUCCCAAUAAAAGUCAACCUUGUUUUUCUGAUACGACUUGCUUACUGAAUAGAUUCAAUGCAUCUAAUAAGAUUUAUGCCACGGUAUCAUAUUCUCGUUCCAUGUUUAUUGACAAUCAUGGAUAUUUAGUGACAGUUUCUCAAGGCAUGUCUACUCUUGUCCGUUUGUAUUCUGGAAAUUUAAGUGUAGUUAGUAAUCCAUCAUGUCAACCAUUUAAUGAUAUGCCUUAUGGUAUAGCCUAUUAUAAUGAAACUUAUUAUGUUGCAUUUACUAAUUACAUUUUAGCUAUUGAUAGUAAUAAUUUGACCAUACUUCAAAAUAUUACAGCAUCUUAUUUAAAAGGAGCUCGUUAUAUGAUUUUUUCAAGCAAUGGGGAAUUAAUGAUUGCAACUUCUAUGAGUAAUAGUUAUCUCUUAUUUUUUAAUCAAACAGGUAAUCGGUCUAGCAAUUAUAGUUUUAUUAAAAGCCAAUUGGUAAACUAUAGUAAUCCAUAUGGAUUAUGGUAUGUGAAUGAUUCUUAUUUUUACGUAACAUCAUUGACUGGCAAUGCAAUUUAUGCAUAUUCUGCUAUUAAUAAUAGUCUUGUAUGGCAGGAAAGACUUUUAUUUUAUGUAUAUGCAAGCCCAUCAACAAAUAGUGCAAUUAAUUUGACAAUUGAUCAAUACAAUCGUUAUUGGGUCUCCUCUGGAUCUAAUGGCGUUCAGAUUUAUAAUAACCAAGGAAUAUUAAUGGGAACUAUCAAAAACAUUUGUCCGUUUGCUUUCGAUGUACUUAUCACUAGCGAUUAUGUGCUUUAUGUAUCAUGCUUUAAUUCUAAUCAAAUAUGGCGUAUCGACUUAAACAAUUAA